AUGGAGUCCACAUGUAAAGAAAGGAAUCUUCUUUACUUACUUCUCUUUGCAAUAUGCACAGCCAGCGUUUGCCUUUGUGCUAGAAGAACCAACGUUCGGAGAGCUGGUAAAUAUCGUCUGAGUCCUCCAUUGGACAUCCAGCUGGAGACAAUCAACUGCACAGCCUUCAGUGUACGAUGGAAGAUGCCCCGGCGACACGUGAGCACCAUCACUGGAUACAAGGUUUUCUACACUGAGAUAAGGAACGGAAAUCCAUCGGAUUCUGCAUCUUUGAUGGAGGUGCCUCUCAGCCUGGACAUGCUGACCACUGGCCAAUUUGAUGGACAAGCCAGUUUUGAUGUGGACAUCGGUAACCUGAAGGUGAACGCUAAGUACCGAGUCAGUGUUGGAGCGUACGGCUGGGCAGGGGAGGGCAGACCCAGCAUGCCCAGGGACAUCAGCACCGCCUCACAUGAAAUGUGCAUGCGCCCGUCUCCCCCUGCUCAGCCUGUUGUCAUGGCUGUCUCUGACACGGAGCUGGCGUUGUCAUGGCAGCAAGGAGAGAGUGAAGGAAGCGCACCUGUCCUUCACUUCCUGGUGGCUUACAUCAGGCCAGAAAUGGACACGGAGUGGACUUAUAUUCGUGAGCCCAUUGAAACUAACUCGAUGGUGUUGAAGGGGUUAAUGCCGGAGACGGAGUACCAGUUUGUUAUCAGGGCCGUCAACGUGCACGGACUGAGCCCACCCAGCAGCAUCAACAACCCCGUGCGCACUCUAGCUUCCUAUCGAGGAGGUCUGUACAGAGGACACACCUUUCAGUAUGUGGUAGAGCAGCCUUGGUUCAGGCUAACAGGUGCAUCAGACGUUGGCAGUGGUGAUUAUGGCCGGUACAUCACAGAUCCCGGGAACAAAGAUGACGAUGGCUUCAACGUAGAUGACUCUGAUUACGACAUCUUUAUCGAGGAGUUAAAGCCAUUCCCAGAUACUGAUGCAGACAACAGGAAAUCCCAGCUCCGCUCUCGCUCUGGUACUCCAUCUGGUCGAAACGUUGUUUACCGUAUGAACACCAUCGCUCCUCCCAACGUUACUGCCCCACCAGUUUCCACCGUCGCCGUGCCAGUUUUCCCCGACUUCUCAGAUCUGAUCUUCGACACCACCUCAGAGCCCAGUACCGCCAUUGACACCACAACCACUGCCCCACUGACCACCACCAGCAUCACGUUGCCGACCACCACCACCAUACCGACCAUGUCCCCCUGGAAGGGUGACGUGCCUCGUGUGUACGACCUGACCUGCGAUGACACCGUGUGCCCCCCCGACAGCUUCUGUCUCAGUGAUUAUGAAGGUGGAGGUUCUCGCUGCCACUGUAACCUCGGACGAAGAGGAGACGAUUGCUCUGAGGUGCUGUCAGUGAACUUUCCCAGGUUCCAUGGCUACUCUCACAUGACCUUUGAACCCUUAAAAAACUCUUACCAGACCUUUCAAAUCACGUUGGAGUUCAAGACAGACUCUGAGGAUGGCUUGCUGCUGUACUGUGGAGAAAACGAACAGGGCAGAGGAGACUUUACCUCUUUGGCCUUGGUACGAGGCAAACUCCACUACAGGUUUAACUGUGGCACCGGAGCAGCUCAGUUAGUCAGUGAGAGUCGUAUAGUUCCUGGUCAGUGGCACACGGUCACUGUCUUCAGAGACGGCAUGAGCGGCUGGCUUCGUAUGGACAACGACACCCCAAUAUCUGGACGCUCACAGGGCCAGUACACAAAGAUCACCUUCCGCUCCCCGCUGUAUUUGGGGGGAUCCCCGAGUGCUUAUUGGCUGGUCAGGGCGACGGGGACCAAUCGUGGCUUUGUCGGCUGCAUUCAGAGUCUGAGCAUCAACAACAAGGCCAUAGACAUCAGGCCGUGGCCUCUGGGUAGAGCUCUGAGCGGAGCUGAUAUAAGUGAGUGCAGCGACAGCGUGUGUGACCUGGUCAGCUGUGCUAACGGCGGCGUCUGCUUCGCAAACCGCGCUGACGGCUUCAUCUGCCUGUGCCCACUCGGCUUCAGGGGAGCACUUUGCGAAGAGAGUUUCUCACUGUCCUCGCCGCUCUUCAAUGAGACGGUGUUUUCGUACGUCGUCGUCCCCUGGCCUCAAUCCUCUCAGAGUUAUCUGUCCUUCACGGAGUUCGAGAUCACAUUCCGACCAUCGAUGGCCGACGGCUUGCUGCUGUACAGUGAUGACGCCGGCAGCGGGGACUUCCUGGCUAUAAACAUGGUGGACAGAUACGUGGAGUUCAGAUUUGACUGCGGCUCUGGAGGAGCAGUCAUAAGGAGUGAAGAGCAGAUCAGUCUGGACACAUGGCAUGAGCUGAGGGUGUCUCGCACAGCGAAGAAUGGUAUCCUUCAGGUGGACAGCCAGAGGCCCAGGGAAGGAAUUGCCGAGGGAGCUUUUACUCAGAUCAACUGCAGCUCCCCUCUCUAUAUCGGAGGAGUACCAGAAUAUGAUAAAACCAAGAGGACGGCAGGUGUAAUCAAGCCCUUCUCUGGAAUUAUUCAGAAGCUGAUACUCAAUGACCGCACCAUCCCAAUAACAACUUCUACUGCCGGUGGUGUUAACGUGGCGAACUCGGCACACCCCUGUGUGGAGAGUCCCUGUGCCAACGGAGGAACCUGCAGACCAAAGUGGGAUGGAUACGAGUGUGACUGUCCCUUAGGCUACGAUGGCAGGCACUGCCAGAAAGAGUGUGGGAAUUACUGUUUGAACACUGUGACUGAAGCCAUCGAGAUCCCACAGUUCAUUGGGCGGAGUUACCUGACUUACGAUAACAGAGAUAUCCUCAAAAGGGCCUCAGGAUCCAGGACCAACCUUUUCAUUCGUUUUAGGAGCACAGUCCAGGACGGCCUGUUGAUGUGGCGUGGAGACAGUCCAAUGAGACCCAACAGCGACUUCCUGUCUAUGGGGCUUCGGGACGGCGCUCUAAUCUUCAGUUAUAACCUGGGCAGUGGUGCAGCUGACAUCAUUGUUAACGGGACCUUUAGCGAUGGGAAGUGGCACCGAGUCAAAGCUGUGAGGGACGGCCAGUCCGGGAAACUGACAGUCGAUGACUAUGGAGCGAAGACGGGGAGGUCGCCUGGCAAGAUGAGACAACUCAACAUCAACGGACCCUUAUAUGUUGGUGGCAUGAAAGAAAUAGCUCUGCACACAAACAGACAGUACAUGGGCGGCUUGGUGGGCUGCGUGUCCCACUUCACACUCUCCACUGAUUAUCACUUAGCGCUGGUGGAGGACGCUGCCGACGGCAAGAACAUCAACACCUGCUCUAACUAG